AUGCUGGUGCACGCUCGGUGCGCGCGCGCGUCGCGCUCGGCGCGCGCGCGGAGAAGGGCGUGCGCGCGAGCGAGGCGACGCGUCGGUGCGAGCGGUGACGAUGACGAAGGACGCGGUGUUGGACGACGCGAGGACGACGCGAAGAGGGGGGAGUACGACGUGCCGUACGAUGUGGUGAACGCAAAAAGCGAUGAUCCGUACGAGCUGAGGGUGUACGGGGCGUAUUACGUCGCGGCGACCACGUACGAGAAUCGCGAGCGAGGGCUGACUACGCUGCUAGAGUACUUGGAGGGCGGGAACGUCGAGGGAGCGAUGUAUCCACCGACGCAGCCUUUGACGACGAGAUACUUUGAGGGUGGAAAAACAAUGGAACUCGCGUUGCUCGGUCGACGAGCCAAGGAAAGUAUCGCGGCGCCGUAUGAAGAUAGCGACGUGAAAGUGGUGGCGGGCGGCGGCGAGUUGUUGGCCGCGAUGACUUUUGAAGGCAACGCAACGCCCGAUGUGGCCGAGUUUUAUCGAUCUAAACUCGUUUCUGCGUUACAGGCGAAUGGUUUGAAGUGUGUGGACGAUCAAGCGUUCCGAAUAAACACGUUCGGGCCGUUAUAUAGUUUGAAGACGCGGCGCAACGAGCUUUUGAUGCAAGUGGCAAUGUGA